AUGGCUGCGCUCGGCGUCCGGAAAGCCGCGAGAGCUGCCGCGCGGCAGCCGCGCAGGGGCUUCUUCGGCACUGAGGACCCCCUGUCCCCAAGGGAUGGGCCCCUGGCGGAAGCGCUGGGCUUUGUGAAGAAAGGCCGCAUGGACCGCGCCCUCGAAUUGGCGCAGCAAAACAACGCCGACUCGAAGGCUCUGGCGCGGGAGUGCUCCCGGCGCGCCUUUGCGGCGUACGAAGAGAGCGGCGAGGCGCGAGAGAUGGCCAUCGGCCUGGUGGUGGGUGGCUCCACCUUCGAGAUCCCAGGCCGCGACGUGCGCCUGAUCCGCCCCCGGCAGCUGGUGGAGGGCUUCUGGCUGCGGAAGGUGAGCGACGUGCACGUGCUCGCCGAAGGCUGCAAGAGCUUCACGAAGGCAUCCCUCGCGCUGGGCAGCGAGGCGCCGGCGCGGGAUUUUCAGCUGCUGGCCCGCAGCCAUGUGCUACGCCUUCAAACCUGCCGCACCCAGGCGGUGCUGCAGGCGUACAUCGGCAAGAGGAUUCAAGGUGACGGCAUGCUGAUGCGAUUGCCGGCGCUCUGGGCGCUGCUUGUGAAGUCAGGCUCGCACCUCCGAGACCACCUGCUGAGCCCGGAACCUCUCGGUCCGCUGGAUGGCAUGGAGGAGGCGGAGGCGGAGCCGCUGCAAGUUUUGGCGGAGCAGCGGCGGAGAGCUGCGGCGCGGCACAUGGAGAUCCUCACGGAGUGCAUCUCGGAAGCCGCCACGAGUCUCUUCAAUCCCGAGGACGGCAUGGUGAUGCUUGCGGUGGACAUUUUGGGAGCCCCAGCGGCGGAAAUGACGACCCUGCCCUGUGAUGAACCUUAG